AUGAUAUGUCAUCUACCUCUGGAAUUGAUCCUCGACUCGCUCAGCCGCAUCGAUUACGCACCGGGAUGUCUGCAUGCUCUUCGCCCUGUGUGCCGCGAUUUUGACAAACUGUUACGACAAUUCGAACAUAGUCUGGCAGUCCAGGUCAUACGUCUGCAGUUUCCGCCUGGGAUUCUAGCCAAACAUCCCGGUUUAUAUGAUUCAGACACCAGAAUCGGGUUCAAGACGUUGGAUGAGCUGUACAUACGGUUGCAUACAUUGUUCCGGAUAGAACGAAACUGCCACAGCAUCCGAAGAAGGGAAGGUAAAGAGGCAGCAUGGAUGAGGCCUGAGUGGAUAGACCUGCAGCAAAUAGGGAUGCAUCUAAUUUACCGUCUUUACGAUGCCGGCGACCGCGAAGACAAGGCCCUCAUUAUUCGAUCAUUACCUCCCACCUCGCUCGCUAUCCUCUUACUCACCCUUCACCUCUGCAUCCACCAACUCCGUGCCGACGGCCCCAAUCUUCUCGUCCCAACAUCACCACUUCUGCACGGAAUGCUACGCUUCGAAGUCGAGCUCUGCUGUCAGGAACUUAUACUCCAACAUGGGCCAAGCUUUCUGGAUGCUUUGCUAUGCCACUGCCCUCACGCCAUCAAGCUUCUAGAGACCGAAGUCAGGAACAUUGAAGCUAGACAACUGCCUUCAGAUGGAAAGCCGAGCCAAAAGACACUGAUAGCAGAGUGCAGGUGUGCGUUAGCGAGUACACUGGGCACUGAUACUGAGGACAACAGAACAGACAUGUGGAUAGUCUUGGAAAGAAUCGGUACUUUAGACGAAGUAGAUGUUGUGAGGGUUAUCAAAGGAGAAGAACUUGUGACGAGGAAACGACAAGACUCUGGUGUCGGGUUGUAG